AUGAAUGAUGAUCUACCAAUACAGCAAAGGCUGAUUGCUGAAAAAAUUAUAAACGACUCAUUAUUUCAAGCAGAAAUGGGCAACUUGAGACUGCCACAUGGAGAGUUCAAUGUACGUGAGUUCUAUCGCACAACUCCCAGUCCUCCAACAUAUCAGCCACAACAGUUUAUUCGUGCAACUCCAACUCCCAGUCAUCCAGCACACCGACCACAACAGUUCAUUCGUGAAAUCCCAACUCCAAGUCCUCCAAUACACCACUCACAACAGUUUAACCAAGGAACCCCAAUUCUAAGUCCUCCAACACAACACUCACAGCAGUUCAUGCAUUGCCUCGCAUCGAGAAAGAAUGUAAUGAUUCUUCCACGCCUUCCAUGCAGUACAAUUCGGAUUCACAACAUUCGACUGAACAUGCUGAAGUGCAAUUAUCUAUUCCAGAACAAUCAGCCGGGGCAUUUAUAUCCAGCUUCAAUGAUUGUCAAUAAAUGUUCAAGAAUUAAAAACCUUUUACUCACCUUAAAAUAA